AUGUCUCAAACUCCUGUAUUCACAGCUUUUUUUAGCAAGAAAAUGGGAUAUAGACAGGAACUUGAGAUUACGGAUACGGGGGCUAAGGCUCGUAGGGAGAAUAACACCAUGCAAAAUGACAAGACUAUGGGAGGUAAAGCACUCAAAUGCGUUAUUAAGGGAUUGCAUGCGGGGACCCAUCCGAGUACCAUCAUAGGAACCGGGUGUGAGCCAUGGAAUCAACAAUACCAUGCAACCAAAAACGGAGUCACAUAA